CUCGCUAAGCUAACUCAUUUCGUAUGCUACUGGAAGACAUGGGGGCUGUGUUUCGCAGCUAUUACUGACAGCGGUACUGCUGAGAGCCCACUUACAACAAGGAAUAAAACAGCGAGGCCCCUUUUUUUUAUAUAUAUAUUAAAAGCUGCCAGGUGAAGCCUGAACAUGGAGUCCAUGCUGAACAAGCUAAAAAGCACCGUCACUAAGGUGACGGCGGACGUCACCAGUGCCGUCAUGGGCAACCCGGUGACGCGGGAGUUUGAAGUUGGACGACACAUCGCGAGUGGAGGCCCUGGAUUGUGCUGGAGGAUCUAUAACGGCACCAAGAAGUCCACUAAACAGGAAGUGGCGGUGUUUGUGUUCGAUAAGAAGAUGAUCGACAAGUAUCAGAAAUUCGAGAAGGACCAAAUAAUCGAUUCGCUGAAAAAGGGCGUGCAGCAGCUGACCAGACUGCGUCACCCUCGUCUCCUGACCGUGCAGCAUCCGCUUGAAGAGUCACGAGACUGCUUGGCAUUCUGCACAGAGCCGGUGUUUGCGAGUCUGUCCAACGUGCUGGGCCAGUGGGACAACCUUCCCAGCCCCGUGCCCAGCGACAUCAAGGAGUACAAACUCUAUGAUGUGGAGACCAAGUACGGCUUGCUGCAGAUCUCCGAGGGCUUGUCCUUCCUCCACAGCAGCGUGAAAAUGGUCCACGGCAACCUGUGCCUAGAGAACAUCAUCCUCAACAAGAGUGGGUCGUGGAAAAUCAUGGGCUUUGACUUUAGCAUCUCCUCGAACAACCCCUCAGAAGCUGAGCCCAAGUACACGUGUAAAGAGUGGGAGCCCAACCUCCCUCCGCUCUGCCUCCCGAACCCAGAGUACCUGGCCCCCGAGUACAUUCUCUCCGUCAGCUGCGACUCCGCCUCCGACAUGUACUCUCUGGGCGUGAUCAUGCACGCCGUCUUCAACGAGGGAAAGCCUGUUUUCCAAGUCAACAAGCAUGACAUUUUUAAGAGUUUCAGCAGGCAGCUGGACCAGCUGAGCAGCAUGAGCCCGGCGGUGCUGAACAAGAUCCCCGAGGAGGUGCGGGAACAUGUCAAAAUGCUCCUCAGCGUCACUCCCAACGUCCGCCCUGACGCCGACCAGAUGACCAAGAUCCCUUUUUUCGAUGACGUCGGCGCGGUGACCCUGCAGUAUUUCGACUCCCUCUUCCAGAGGGACAACCUGCAGAAGUCCCAGUUCUACAAAAGCCUCCCUAAAGUGCUGCCCAAACUACCAAAGAGAGUUGUGGUGUACCGCAUCUUGCCGGCGUUGACUUCAGAGUUUGUCAACCCCGACAUGGUUCCCUUCGUGCUUCCCAACGUGCUGCUCAUCGCAGAGGAGUGCACCAAGGACGAGUACGUCCGCCUCAUCUUGCCCGACCUCACGCCCGUCUUCAAGCAGCAAGAGCCAAUCCAGGCUAGUAAUAUGAUCCUGCUGAUAUUCCUGCAAAAGAUGGACCUGCUGCUGACCAAAACACCGGCAGAAGACAUCAAGAACAGCGUGCUGCCCAUGGUCUACAGAGCUCUGGAGGCUCCUUCGGUGCAGAUCCAGGAGCUGUGCCUGAACAUCAUCCCGACGUUUGCCAACCUGAUCGACUACCCGUCCAUGAAGAACUCGCUCAUCCCUCGCAUUAAAUCGGCCUGCCUGCAGACCUCCUCACUUGCUGUGCGAGUGAACUCUCUGGUGUGUCUGGGGAAGAUUUUGGAAUAUCUGGACAAGUGGUAUGUCAUCGAUGAGGUCCUGCCCUUCCUGCAGCAGAUCCCCUCCAGAGAACCAGCUGUGCUCAUGGGCAUGCUAGGGAUUUAUAAGUGUACCUUCAGCCACAAGAAGCUGGGCAUCCCCAAAGAACACCUCGCGACCAAGACCUUGCCCCACCUCGUCUCUCUUAGCAUAGACAACAAUCUCAAUCUCAAUCAGUUUAACUCUUUCAUGGUGGUUAUCCGCGAGAUGCUGGGCCGCAUGGAGGCCGAACACAAGACCAAGCUGGAGCAGCUGCACGUCAUGCAGGAGCAGCAGAGGAGUUUAAACAUCACGAAUCCAGGGCACCCGUCGGAGGAGGUCAAGAGCCCACCGAGCUCUCACCAGAUUGACGAUAUCUUUGGGAGCACAGGGGUUAAUGGGAAAGAGAAUGGAUCUGCAGCAGCAGCAGCAGCCUCACAGCCUAAUCGAAUGUCUCUGACUCUGGAGGAGAAACAGCGGUUGGCUAAGGAGCAGGAGCAGGCGGCCAAGCUGAGGAGCCAGCAGCCGUUAGCGCCGCAGGCGAUGAAACCAGCGUCCACCGCCAACGCACAGACUAAAGAUCUGACCAGCAGCCUUCUCAACAACAUGACAUCUCUUAACAGCAUGUCUUUGGCUAACACACCGCGACCAGCUCCGGUGCAGGGCACCACCAUGUCUGCCUUCCCCACCUCCACUCCCAUGAUGGGCUCCAUGGGCGCCCCGGUCUCCAACGGCUUCAACCCGAGCAUGGGCUUCCAGACGGGAGGCAUGGCGAUGGGCAUGCGGCCCGCGGGUCCCGGCCUCUACGGGGGAAUGGCCACCGCCACCAGCACCCCGAACUUCGGAGCCCUCGCUCCAAAUCAAGGACCGACCGGGCAAACGAACAAAGCCCCCGACUUGUCAGCGUUGGACAGUCUUUUUGCGUCCAACAAGCCGAAAGUCACCCUCAACCAAAUGGGUCCCAAGCCGCCAGCCGCAGCCAACAGCCCUUGGCUCAGUCAGUUCGGUUCAGCCCAGAACGCUCAGACUCAGAUGCAGGGCGUGCCUGUCGGUAUGGGGGGCGUGCCCAGUGGGUUCGGGAUGCAAGCAAACCCCUUCUUCAGCCCGCAGAACUUUUCUCAAGGCGCCGCCGCUGCCGCCGCCCCCGCCCCUAGCAUGAACCCAAGUGGGGUUAAACAUAGCGCAUCAGUCAACAAUGAUCUCAAAGACUUAUUUGGUUAAAUUAAGAGGAAAAAAAAAAAAAAGAUUCCAGGUAAAAUAUAUUCUUGUAAUGACUGUGGACAGAAUAGCCUUGAUUUCUCACAGAACAAGACUGAAUGUGAAGAUUUAAAGACCUUUCCAGGGUCGUGCUGUUUGUAUUUUUAAUCUGACCUGGUUUAGAUUUCGAUUCUCGCUCACAUUCUGCUGGCAAAUUAACCUGCACCUGAAUUCCAUUUGUACCUGUACCAGAAGGACAAAAUGUUAGGGCGGGACCUAACUCCUUCUAUGCUGCGGUCUUUACAUGCUGGGGGUUUCCUACUGUUUUGUACUUCUUGGGAGUCCAAAUGUCAUGGGUUGAGAUGAAUCCCAACUCGGUUUCUUCAGGAAGGAUUUGCGUUGUGUGGAUGAGUUUCAUUUCACUUCCCGAACAAGUUGCACGAAAAAAAUCACCCCUUAGAAAAUUGGCUUCCACGUUUCACAUCUGCUCGGUUUCAGGCUUCCGUAUCCUUUGCUGCAUUUCCAGACUAUUUUUAGGAUUCGCUGCGUGUCUAAAGCGAUCAGAGGGUUGGCUUUGGAACAAAUACCGGAUCCAGAAAAGUGUCCAGUGGGAGGAGGCUUGACGCGUAGCUCUUGACAAGCCUGCAGUCACUGAUCUGCAGCCAGGAGAUGGUUUCCUCUUUGGAGACGGUCUUGAAAGCAAGGUGUAAGAAUAUUGACAGUUGCUUUUUAAGAUGUGGGGGAGUGGGGGUGCAGCGCGUCUCCAUGGUAACCGUCUCUCUGCGGCAGCAUCGCUAACCUACAUUUUUAUGAACACAAGUUCCUCUUCAGUUUAGUAAUUUCUACCCCGCUUCUUUUUUAUUUCUUUUUAUCAUCCUCAUUCCUCGGUUUCGUCCAUUUUACCGCAUUUAGGUUUAUCAGUUUCUGUAAAUGCAGUACUAAUUAUUUCCGCGUCGGAUGGUAGCUUUCCCCAGCAGUCCUUCUGAGAAGAUGCUCGAGCUAAAUGCAGCACACGCUCUGCUCAUCGUGCUACUGUGCCUUACGAGGGUACACGUGUAAGACCACACUCAUCUCUUACUCUAGUAUUAAUAUCGCCGCCCCCUCGACUUUGACUUGUCGCAUGUUACUUUCUUAUGAUUCCUAAAAAUUCGAGUGACCAAUGACAUUUUAUUUCCCACAUGAGACAUUUAAGGGGAUCCUCCAGCUCAAUCAAUUUAUACGAUAAGAGAUUACCACUCUAUAUAGAUACAUACAUAUAAAUAUAUAUAUAUUUCAGCACUUUUUUAGCUGCCAGAGGACCUGUGCUGGAGACAUACUAUGAAGUGUAAAUAGAUAGUUAUUUAAAAGUGGAUUGCUCUUUCAGUGGGGCCUUUCUUUGUUCUUGUGAUAACGGUUAAGAGGCCUUAGAUGAGUCGUGUGCAAUAAUCCUUACAGGUCGACGAGGGCGCAUAUCGAUUGGCUCAAACUGCUCUCGAAUCUUUCUUUUUUUUUUUUUUAAGAGAAUCAUGCGAUUUUAGAGUUUUAGAUUUAGAUGCGCCUUGGUCACGCUCUUAUGUUCCUGCUAAGUUGUCUUUUAUUGCUUUUUUAUAAGAAAGAAAAGAAAGUGCCACCUGUACGGGGCGUGCUCUCUCUGCAGCCACAUGGCAGUGUUACUCAUCAGGUUUCGUUUAUUUCCCGCCUCCCUUUUUUUUUUUAUUUUAACAUGCACAGGCUACAUGUAUGCGUCUGAGUGGAUGUUUUUUUGUUUUUUCACCUGAUGCGCGCGUGAGGCCGUUUGGAAUUCAUCACAAAGCGGAUGUGGUCUUUAAAAUGUGUGUCGCGUAUCCUGGCAGAACCCCAAAGCAGAAAACUAAAGCUUAUUCUUCUACAAGAUCAUUUGUAUACUACUACUACUACUACUACUAGUACUGCUGUCAUAUGUAUAUGUGUUGUGUGGGCUUUGUUUUAUGUGACAAGGUGCUGGUCUCUGAGGUGGUUCAAUGAAGAUCUGUACAUAUAAAGGAAAGUACACAAUCUAA